UCAUCACAGUUCGCUCGGGCCUUACUUAGUCGCGGCGAGUUGCCAAUUGACGCACUGCCUGGACGCGUGAAGCGUCUCGAUAAGGGCAGACUCGUUCACAGAUGAGGCCGAUCAAGGGCGAGCCUGUUCGGGACGGGUGUGGGAAGGGAGAGUGGGAGUGAGAGCUGGGUGAGCAGCGGGGGUGGCGCGGCGAAGGCGAUGGGGGAGCGCAUGGGUGCUGUAGCGACUGCCGGAUAGAGGCGGGUGCAGAGAUACCGACGGACACAGAGAUAGCGCCGCUCGUCGACGAGAGUGCGACAGACGGCGACGAGAGUGCGACAGACGGCGACGAGGGUGCGAUCCAAACCGAUUCGCGAUGGCGGAGAGCAGCGAAAGCAAAGUCGGCAGAAGCAGCCGCAGGGGCGGCAGCGGGAUUUCGAGCCGCAGCACCAGCAGCAGCGACGGAGGCGGAGGCGGCGGCGGAGGCGGCGGCGGCGGUUGUAGCAGCAGCAGCAAGGCGGUUGCUAGCAAAGCCAGGAGCGGCGGCGGCGCGACGAGGAAGCCGUGGCGGCCCGUGCCGACCGCGCUCCACCUGCACCACUUCGUCGCCGCCGCCGCCGCCGCCGCUGCUGCCGCCCCUGCUGCGCCCGCGCCCCAAACGCCGCCCCUGCGCGAGUCCGAGCGAAGUGUGGCGCGCGGAAGGGGCAGGGGGAGCCCAGAUGGCGCCCUCCGUGAGGGGGAGGGGCGCGGAGGGAAAAUGGAACGCGCAGGAGAUGGGCGCAGGGGGACUGGCUGUGCUGGCGGGGAGGGGAGGCUGGGCGGAGGGGGAAGGGGAGGCGGGGUUGGGAGAGGAGCCGUAGGAGGGAGGGGUGAUGAUGCGGGCGCGUGUGCUGUGAGCCCUGCGGACACGAGGCGAGGCGUGGGCGGAGUGGACGGAGCAGCAGGGCGGGGGACAGGUGAAGGCGCAGGGCGGCUGGUGGGGAAGGCGGGAAGAGAGGGGAGAGGGGAAGGCGGGUGCAAGGAGAGGGAGGGAGGGCGCGCGCGGGUGAAGCCGGGAACAGCCGAGGGCGCAGCGGCACGGCGCGGCGCGGAGAGGGCGGAGGGCGGUGCAGGGCGCGUGGCCGUGAACCCAGCGACCUCUGAGAGCAUCGCCGCGAGGCGCGGCAAAGAGAGAGCGGCGCCGAAGAAGAAGCGAGCGAGCCGAGAGGCCGGGAGAGGUGGGGAGGAUGGAGAAGGGGAGAGAACGGAGUGGGCUUGCAAGAAGGGGGAGGAGCGGGAGGAGGACGUGGAGGAUAGGGAGGAGGACGUGGAGGGUAGGGAGGAGGAAGAAGAGUGGCAGAGAGCUGAGCAGCAGGAGAGAGCAGCGGAGGGGGUGGCCGAGGAAGCAGGCGAGUUGGGAGAGGCUUGGGCAGAUGGUGAAGGGGAGGAGGCGAGGCUUGGAGAGGAUGCGAAGUGUGAGAGGCUUGAAGGCGGACGUGCUCUCAGUGUGGGGCGGGAGGAAAACGGGAGGCAGCGGAAGGAGGAGGGCGGGAUGGGGGAGAGGGAUGGAGAGGGCAGGGGAGAGAGGAGAGAGGGGGGGCGCGGAGAGGGCGGGGGCAGUGUGGGUGCGGCUGGAGAUGCAGCGGACUCGCAACGAGUGAACGGGGCGCAGGCGAGUAGGGGCGGCAUGGGGCGUCGGCAGCAUAACGACGUGGCGAGGGAUGGGCGGCGGGCGGGUGGUGGGAGAAGCGGAGGUGGCGCGCGGGAAGGUGUGCGAGAGGAGCGGCACGAGGCGAGGGAUGGGCGGGAGAAGAGCGAGGAGCAAGGGCCAUUGGAAGGCAGGCAGGCGGAUGGGAAACGUGUGGGCAGGCGGAAAGAGGGAGGAGAGGAGGGGCGAGGGAAUCCGCACGGGGAGUGCAUGAGGCUGGAACAGGAGGCGGCGAAUGAGACGAGUGUGUGCGAUGAGGCGAGCAGUGUGGGAGACGGAGUGGUCAAGGGGGAGGCGGAGGAGGAGAAGACGGAAGAGGAGGAGGGAGGGCAGGAAGUGGGUGAAGGGGAGGCGAAGGGAGGGCAGGAAGGUAGCGCAGGGCAGAGGCGUGGUCAUCCGACAACGUUCGUUGGGGUGAAUGCAAGCAGCAGGUACUCCCAGCAGGUGGUCACCCCCGAGGUGAACGCACUGGUGCUGGAGCUGCUGGCCGCUCUGCUGCGCUUCCAACACAGGGCGCUCCAGCGAGAUCCGCUCAAGGCUGCCAUGCGGCGGCGCCUGCUGUGCGGGCUGAGGGAGGUGGGCAAGGCUGUGCGGACAGGCCGGGCCAAGUGUGUCGUGCUGGCGCCCAAUGUGGAGGAGGUGCUGGGGGAAGGCGGGCUGGACGCCGCCCUGGCGUCGAUCGUGGCGGAGGCGGCGGCGCGCAGCAUUCCCGUGGUGAUGGCGCUCUCCACGCGCCGCCUCGCCAAGGCACUCAAUCGCCCGCGCUGUCGCAUGAGCGCCGUGGCCAUUCUGGACAGCGACGGCGCGCACAGCGUGCUCAAGAGCGUCCUGGCGGAGGCAGAGAGGGGCAGGGCCAUGUGGCGCGCGGUGCAUGGAGGCAUGGGGGAGAGGCUGGCGCAUGGGGAUAAGGAGGGGCAUGUGGGUGGGUGUAAAGAGGGGCAUGUGGAUGGGGUACAGGGGGGGCAUGUGGAUGGGGAUAAGGUGAGGCAUAUGGAUGGGGUACAGGAGGGGCAGGCCACAGAUGGCGCAUGAGCGCAUUGAAGAAGUUGGACAGGCGGCGCACAGAGCGUGCUGAGGAGUGUGGUGGUUGAGGUGCAGAGGGUCAGGGCGAGGUGGUUGAGGUGCAGAGGGUCAGAGCGAGGAGGGUCAGAGCGAGGAGGGUCAAGGCGAGGAGGGUCAGGGCGAGGAGGGUCAGGGCGAGGAAGGUCAGGGCGAGGAGGGUCAGGGCGAGGAGGGUCAGGGCGAGGAGGGUCAGGGCGAGGAGGGUCAGGGCGAGGAGGGUGGGGGAUGUGUGCAGGCAGUGCUGAGAGGCGGGUGAAUGGGGGUAGCGCCGGGCACGGCACAGAUGGCGCAUGAGCGCCAAGGCCAUGGUGGAUAGCGACAGCGCACAGUGCCUGCUGAUGAGGGUAUUGGCGGAGGCAGAGAAGGGGAGGGCCAUGUGGCGAGAGAUACAUGGAGGCGUGGCGGAAAGGCAUGUGCAUGGGGAUGAGGACGGGCGGAUGGGGAUGAGGACGGGCGGAUGGGGAUGAGGACGGGCAGAUGGGGAUGAGGACGGGCAGAUGGGGAUGAGGACGGGCAGAUGGGGAUGAGGACGGGCAGAUGGCGCAUUGACCGCGGCGAAUGGCAGCGACGGCACACAGAGCGUGGUGAAGCACAUGCUGGUCGGGGCGGAGAGGCGGAGGGCGAUGGGGCGGAGCAGAGCAGAGCAGGGCGCAGCUCGCGAGGGCUGGAGAGGCGGCAGACGCGGCGCGCAUGCUGGGCAGGGGAAGGGUGAGGCGCGCGAAGAGAGGAAGAUGGGAGGAGGCGUGGCGCAUUGGUGCAGUGACUGUGUUGCCCGUGUUGACCGUGUUGCCUGUGUUGACCGUGUUGCCCGUGUUGCCCGUGUUGCCUGGCUGUGGGGUGUGGAGCAUGAGGAAGGUGGAGCAUGAGGAAGGGAGGGCGGCGUGGGUGGAGAUGGCUGGAGGCGC